AUGUCAGCCUCAGAUGAAUCUGCACUAGCAAAACCAACAACCAAUGGCCAUACUAAUGGCUAUGCUACAAAUAAAAAUGGCAUUGUAAACAUUAAUAGACCUUCGAUUGGUACGCCACGACGUCCUGAAGAUGAUGAUAGUGAUGAUGAUAAACCACCACCACCAUUUAAAAUGCCUCGAGCACCACCACAUGUUUAUUCAUGUUUUGUUGUCAAUCGUACAAGUCAACCAAUUGAUUGUAUCGUACAUUAUGAUGGUCGACCAGAGGAAGAUAACUUUAACGAAGAUGUUCAUGUAACAAUUCCAGCAAAAGAUGAAAAAUUUUUUCCCAGAAAAAUCUUUCAACCUGAUCUACCUGAAUCAUAUUGUCGAUGGGUUAAAAUUAUUACAAAUAUACGUGUUAAAAAAGCAAAUGGUAAAUCUCUUGAAGUUAAUUAUCCAUUUGAAAAUGUUCAUAUGCCUAUUCGUAAUUGGGAAUUUCAUGUACGUGAAGAAGGUGAAAUGUUAUCUAAACCACCUACACGACCAGCAAAUGUUAUUAAAUACGAAAACUUAGAUGAAUAUGAACGUUAA